AUGGAAAAGAUCGCGUCAGAAACAGACAAUGAAAGUAUUAUUAUAGGUAAUACUUCCAAUUUCUGGCGUUAUUCGAGUAAAGAUGGUUUUGAUUUAACUCGACAGAAUAAUCAUCAGACUGGCUCUUCAAUCUGUCUUGAAACAACAACGACAGCUAUUCGAAUCGAUCCAGCACGCUCUGCUCUUGUUAUUAUCGACAUGCAAAAUUUCUUUCUGCAUCCAGCCGUACGAGCACAUGAGCCAGGACUUGCUGCAUCAAAGCAACUGCUUGAAAAUGCAAUUCCCAUAGCUCGUAAGGCAGGUAUUCAAAUUAUUUGGCUCAACUGGGGUUUAACACAAGAAGAUAUAGAUCAGGCACCACCGGGACUGAAGCGAGUAUUUGGCGCUUGUAGUAGUGUUGAAUCUAGAAAUAAGCAAUCACCACCAAAGACAAUUUACACAGGUUUAGGAACUGAGAUGGGUGACAUCAUAUUAUCCAGUGGCGAACAUGUUGAUGGUGGAAGAUUACUGAUGCGUGAUACUUGGAAUGCUAAACUCUAUGAUCCACUUUUUCAGAGCUAUGAAAGUAGUCGACAUAGUGUGAAGCCUGAUAAAUGGUUUCAUAAAAAUCGUGUAUCUGGUUUAUGGUCACAUGAAUCCCCCCUACUUUCUUAUCUCAACGAGAACAACUUAAUUACACUCUUCUUCGCUGGUGUGAAUACUGAUCAAUGUGUUUUAAGUACAUUUAACGAUGCAUCCAGCAAAGGUUUUGAUUGUAUUCUGCUAAGUGAUGGUUGUGGUACGAUGAGUUCAUCAUCUGCUCGAGAAUUUACCGAACAUGCGUGUGCACGAGGAGAAGGUUUCGUGAUGGAUACAGAGGCAUUUACCAAAGGUGUCAAAGCCUCUAUACAUUAG